AAUUGAUACUACAAGUGGAGAAAACGAACGCACUCGAUCCCGCUCACUUUUGUAUCGCGCUGAAUCAGUUGUGUUUUGGAUGGUUAUGAAGCGACCGAAGACAGCUGAAAGGUUGACAGUUUGACUGACGGCGUUCGCAGCGUGCGGUGGGCAGAAUGUCGUCGGACAUCCGUGCCCAAGUGUCCCGACUCCGAAGCGUCCUGAACGACAUACACGAGCUGGUGGAGGACGCUGGGGAAGCAGCAGACAACGACAGCGUGCUCGCGCGGGCUGGCGGGCAGCUUAAGCUGGUCGCUGGCACGCUUUUAGAGAUCAAGAACAACAUUAAGAACUGUCGUCAGGAGCCCGGUAUGGACAGCGACGGCUGGGGCGACGACGAAGACGACUUUGACAGAAGCAUGCUGGACGUGUGUGCCAGAGCCGAGAGGUGCGACACCGAGAGAGACGCCCAAGACCCCGUGAUCGACGUCCAAGACCCCGUGAUCGACGACUACGACAUCGAGACCGACGACGACGAUGAAGUGGACAAGACUUUGGCGGUGACGACCGUUCCCGACGAAGUCCUUGAGAAAGAACCACCACCGUCCGAGGCGCAUCUGCGCGCCCUGAGGACCCACUUCGGCCACACGGCGUUCCGGCCAAUGCAGUGGCGGAUCGUCCGCUCCGUGCUCGAGUCCAAGCGGGACAACUGCGUCGUGAUGGCCACGGGCUACGGCAAAUCUCUUUGCUACCAGUUCCCGCCUGUCUUCACGGGCAAGACGGCCGUGGUCGUAUCGCCUCUCAUAUCGCUGAUGGAAGACCAGGUCAGGGGGCUAGCGGCCGCAAACAUCCCGGCCUGCCUAUUAGGUUCGGCGCAGAGCGACAAGCACGCGGUCACCGACGGCGUCGAAGCCGGCCGCUACCGCUUGGUUUACGUGACUCCCGAGUUCGCGGAGAGUGGCUCGGCCAUCUUCGAGAAGCUGGAUGAACAGGUGGGCAUCACCCUGUUCGCCAUCGACGAGGCCCACUGCGUGUCCCAGUGGGGCCACGACUUCAGGCAGGCCUACCGGCAGCUGGGCAAGCUCAGGACCCGCUUCGGGCACGUACCCUUCCUCGCACUCACGGCCACGGCGACUCCAGUCGUCCGCGAGGACAUAGUCCGCGCACUUAACCUCAAGCAGGUCGUGCUGACGUGCACUAGCUUCGACAGGCCUAACCUGUACCUAGAGGUCAGCCGCAAGGCGGUCAUGGUGGACGAUUUAAAGGAUGUGGUGCCAGAUGACGGCAGCCCGACCAUAGUCUACUGCUCGACGCGGGCGUCGACGGAAGAGGUCUACAAAGUCCUGCUGAACCAGGGUCUCAAGUGCGCUGUGUACCAUGCUGGGCUGUCGCUGGAGGUGCGCAAGAAGUCCCACGCAGACUUCCUCAAUGACCGGGUGCAGGUGGUGGUAGCGACGGUGGCUUUUGGCAUGGGCAUCGACAAACCGGACGUCCGCAGGAUCGUCCAUUACGGCGCGCCAAGGGACAUUGAGUCUUACUACCAGGAGAUUGGCAGGGCGGGCCGGGACGGGCUGCCGGCCUCCUGUCGAGUCCUCUACUCGCCGGGGGACCUAGUGACCAACAAGUACUUCCUCAAGGACAUCUCCAACCCUACCUUUCUGCAGCACAAGACAGACAUGCUGAACAAGAUGCAGCACUACCUGACCAGCACUCGGUGCCGCCGAAAGCUUCUCCUUGCCCACUUUGCCAGCGAGGAGGCCCAGCGGGUCGGAGGGACAGCCCGCUGCUGCGACAACUGCGAGCACCGUCUGCAGCGCAGCAACAGCAAAGGCGACCGGGACGACCGGCGGGACUAUGCCAGAGAGGGACGCCUGCUGCUCCGCGUGGUCAAGGACACUGGACAGCGGUACGGGCUUGCGACACCCAUUGCGGUUCUCCGGGGCUCAGUGUCGCAGAAGGUGCCGCAGUACCUGCGAAACGGUCCCAACUUUGGCGCAGGGAAGGAGAGGACGGAGGCCUUCUGGAAAGCCUUUGCGAGGCUCCUCAUGGCCGAAGGCUACCUGGCGGAAAAGGCCAUCCACAAUGGCAAAAUGGCCGAUCGGGGUUUCUCGUCCCGUUUCCUCUCGUCCGUGGUGCUUACUCCCAAAGGCAGCACGUGGCUCGAUCGCGGUAAAGACGGGCUUUCAUUGGAGCCCACCACUGAACUGCUGGCCCUCGAAGAGGCAACGCGGCGCCCUCCCAAACCACAGGUCAUUCCAUGCGCUGACGUUCUCAACAUCCUGGCGAGCAGACGGCGCGACGAAGACAAGCCCGCCGACUCGGGGCCAUCGUGCGAGCCCGUGGAGUCGACUGAGGAAGAGAAGCUGCGGUCGGAGCUCUACUCUCGCCUUGUGGAGCUGCGCAACAAGCUGGCGGAGGGCUGUGGCUUUGCACCCUACAUGGUCUUCAACAACCGGGUGCUCCUGGAGAUCUCGAGGGUGUGUCCUUCGUCCCUGGACCAGCUGUCCAGGGUGGAAGGGGUCUCGGAGGCCAAGCUGAACAAGUUUGGGGGGCCCGUGGUGGAGAUGGUGGCUCGCUUCUGUGCUGAACGUAAGCUCAACCCCCUGGAGAAUGUUGCGGCCCCGCAGAGUGCGUCGACAAGUCUGGAGGCCAGCCCGUACCUGCUGCAGCAGCUGAGUGACACGCAGCAAACGACGUACGCGAGGUAUCUGCAGGACAACCGGGACGUGUCGGUCGUUGCGACAGCUCGGGGGCUGGCGGUCAACACUAUCAUCACUCACCUUGCCGAGGCCUUAAAGGUGGGUCUGCCUGUGGACUUGGAGAGUCUCGGCGUCACCCCCCGGAUCCUGGAGGCAGUAACCGAGGCGCUGAGGACGCUGGGCGGCGACAUGAGCCGUCUGACGCCCGUCAAGGAGCUCUGUCCAGAGUACGUCGAGUUCAGCCACAUCAAGGUGGUCUUUGCUCACCUCCAGGCCAAGUACGGCCUGCAGAACUCCCGGCUCUGCCUCCCAGACGCAACGGCGGCCCCCUCCGGUUCCGAAGCCACAACGAACGACAAUUCUUUGGCCGCUGAAACGUCCGGCCAUUCGUCGGCCUCCGCGAAGCUCAAGCAGUUUGCCGCAAAGCGCCCGGUCUCAUCGGAGGAAAUGAUGACCGUCAGCAAGAAAAUGAAACAGAGUAGUCUCUUCAGAAAGUAGCUUGGAGAUGCGGGCCCGUGCACACCUCUGCGCUUGCAUUUUGUACAAACUAACUAACUUAAACGGGCCGGUUCACCGGUCUCGCACCGGUUAACCAGCCCAGCGCCGCCUGUUUGGUGCCAGUUAUCCGGUUUCACAAUGACGGUUUGGCGUUGUUUAUUCAGUUUGAAACCAGCGGUCCACCGGUUCGGUGCUGGCUAACCAGUUUGCACUGGCACUUUGCCGAUUUUGGCGCCGGUUCACCAGUUCGGUACCAGUGGUUAUCCGAUUCGGUGGACAUUUGUGUAUGCGACUCGCACACAGCCCUGCGUAUAAAAUUCCCUUUUCCGGCAGAGAGUUUUGGGGCAAAUUCGUUUGCAUUCCACAUGCGGCCAAAAGUUGCCAGUGUUUUAAAACUUGCAUUUACAUACCUCAUGUUCGUGAUACUCUGUGCCAACAAAAUGUAAUAAAUGUAACUACAAAAAAAAAAAAAAAAA